AUGGUUGAUGUAAAUAGUAAUGCUAAUGUGAACAAUAUCACAAAUAGUACCAAUAACAAUAUUAACACUGUGAAAACCAUUAAUGAUAAGGAGGGUCACUCAAGCCCAAUGUCAAAGAAUACUGGUGCCAUACCAAAAAAUACUCCAAAUUUAUUGAGCUCGCAUAAAACGCAAAAGAUCCAAACGGGAAUGGACCGUUAUGUCACAUAUGCAAAACGUAAGUCCAGCCCUAGGACUUCAAAAUUGGAACCAAAUCCAAAACAAGCGAAAACAAAUUCCGUAAGUCAAAAUCGUUUUGCACUGCUUGAUAACCAAGAAAGUGAAAAAGUACCAUCUAUGACUUUAAAAGACCAAAAGCCACCUCCCCUCUAUUUGCGCGAACCUACCACCAAUCUAUUGCUACAAGUACGUGAACUACUACGACUACUGCUACCUCAACAUGCUCAAAUUCAGGGCAACAUUAAAUUACUUGGCUUAAAGGUAAAUCGAGCGGAAGUACCAAACAACUAA